AGCGAAUAAUGUUUUGAUUAUAUUAUGCCUCUAUUAUAUUGUUGCCCUGGUUUUUACUUGUCUUCUUCAGUAACAAGGUUGUUAUGCGUCAGGCUGCGGAACAGUGUCGAUCUAAGCAGGACAGGGAACAGGAGCGUGCAUAGUUCUACACUAAGGUGCGCAGGGCAGGACUGGAGAGUAAGGCGUGGCUUUGCUCGCAGUGGUUCAGAAUAUGGCCCCCUGACAGAUUUACCAGACUGGAGCUUUGCAGAUGGUCGCCCAGCACCACCAUGGAAAGGCCAGAUUAGAAGAAAGGAGGAGCGUGAGGCAUUAGCUCGUCGAGUCGUUUUGCUGAGCACAGAAAUGGAUCAAGGCAUGACUAACUGGCACAAAAAACAGCAGGAGAUGAAAGCAGAACAGCUACAGAAAGAGAUUAGCAAACUCAAGUCCAAGGCUUCCCCUAAUAAAACAACCAACACCUAAUAAAUAUAAUUAUUUAAGAUUAAAUGUUGAGCUUGGAUUACUGUUUGCAGUGCUGAGAGGUUAUAUCCCUGCAUUUAGUUUUUCUACUUUGUGACUCUGCUCUGAUGCUGACUUUCUGUGUGUGUGUCUUUAGAAGUUUGCUCUUUCCUGGUGUCAGUUACUCAGAUGUAGUCAGUUACUCGGAAAGCCACAUAAGUGCAUAUACUGUAAUGCAGAGGAAUAUGAGGUACUCAGACCAAAAGAGUGGUAAUAUUUCCAGAAACAGACCAGAUCAAUGAAGACAAAAUUAGGGAUAUUUCACUGAAUCACACUCCAUGGCUGUGAAUCACACCCGCCAUUUCCUAUCUAUAUUUACUUGGUUUUGACUCAUUGCCAGAUGUCAGACCUACUGAUUUAAAAGUUAAUCCAUCGUCACAUUUUGUGAUGCUUAUUUGCUAAAGUAUUUUAAACAGGUCAAGUACGCUGAUCUUUUUAUGGCAUUAUAAUUUAUAUAGUGAAUAAAGUACCCCCUCUUGUAAAAUAUAACGAUAUUAUAAAUUACCUGUUUUUAUAGA